AUGCUAAUGUACAAACCAAUUUGUUGUAUAAAUGCAUCAGAUCAUAGUAUUGAGACAUCCAGUGCUAUUGAAAAUGUUAGUUAUUGUUUCGAAAAUGAUGCUAAUAAUACUGAUAUUAAUGACAUAAUAUCUAACACUGAAGAUCUAAGUAAAGCCGACAAAAGUAAUGAGUCCGAUUUCGAUUCAGAUGACAAAGUUAAAGAUCCGAACUAUAGACACAGACCAGCGUCAAGAUCAUCAACGGAUUUGAACUCAUCAACGGAUUCAGCUUCCAGCUCCAGUAGUUCAUCAUCGUCAGCUUCAAGUGAACGUUCACAUUCCUCCCACAGCGAAAAUAUUCCACCCGCAUUACACUCCUCUAACAGCGAAAUCAUUCCACCUCCAUUACACUUCUCUGGCAACGAAAACAUUCCACUUACAAACUCUCAGCUUGAAAACUUAGAUUCUAACAAAAAACUCACACGAAAACGACUACGAAAUGUUAGCAGCUGGAAGUCAGACGUCGCGAAACGUUUAAGAAACACAGGUCACGGCUACACAUCAAAAAAACUAAAGAAAGUCAUUCCAGCCAGAAAAGUAGGGCCACCAUGUGAGACUCAAUCAAAUCAUGAAGAUUCACCAAUCGCUGUUGAAGAGCAGAUGGAGAUUUUGCAUUCUGUGCCUUCGUCACCUAUGGGAUCGCCUAUGACUUUUUCACAUACGGAGGUAAAAAGAGAAUCGCCACUUACAACAGAACAACGAGCGACAAUAGCCGAAAUGGAAAAUUUAGGCUUUAACGGUGAUGACUUUAAUGUUCCAAUAUUAUAUUCCAAUAAAUUACCAUUGUCAGUAUUUAGAACAAACAAGGAUUACGAACUACUAGAAUCAUCGGUUCCAUCAAUAGAAAAACAACUUACACCGCUGUUUACACCAGUAGCAUCCAUACACUCAAUAGGAAGCCCUAGCAUUAUAGAAACUUCUGAAAACCCACAUAACGAGAAUCUGUCAACUUUCAUUGAUGACAGCGAUGACUCUGUAGCAGACCCUAAUUACCAACCUAAUGACGAGGAAAUUCAGUGCUCGCCAAUGUCACCCAUUACGUCCUCAUCUUUAGUUCAAAUUGAACAACCAGUCAGCAUUACUAAUCCACAAGAAAUAGAAGAAUCGCCCACACUUGAAAGUAACCUUGAUCGUCAAAAAGUGAAAAGAUGCAAAAGAAAAAUACCGGAAAAUUGGAAAAAAAACAUUAGAAAAACGAAGAAAAAUUGCGGUGAAACAUACAUAUCAAGUCAAGGAAAAAAUGUACCGGCAAAAAAGUGUGGCAAUGAAAAUUGUAAGUGUCAACGAGCUUGUCAUACAAAAAUUGAUAAUAGUACGAGAAAAAAUAUUCAUUUGUCAUUUUGGGGUUUGGGUAGUAUUGAAAGACAAAGGGAUUUUAUAGUAUCGAACGUGGUUUCAACUGAAGCAACAGGAUCACGUGUGACAAACUCGAGAAGGAAAUUCACUUUGAAUUACAGUUUCAAGAUUAAUUCGGAAACGGUAAAUGUGUGUCAACCUUUUUUUCUUCGUACACUGGAUAUCAGUGACAAGAUGGUCCGUACUGCUUUGAAGAAAGCGCGCCGAGGAGUGGGUAAUAUACCUUCCCCUGAUAAAAGAGGUCAUCACAUACCUUGCAACAAAUUUAGCGAAGACAACAUAAAGUUUGCUAAUGAUCACAUAGAUUCAUUUCCAAAAGUGCCUUCUCAUUGGUGCCGUAAAGAUACAAAAAAGAUUUAUUUGGAGACCAUUCUUAAUAAAGAAAAAAUGUACGAAUUAUAUAAGCAGCAAUGUUUGGAGAACCAUAAGAAACCCAUUGGAAAAACUUCGUAUAAAGAACUAAUUUUAAAUAAGAAUAUAGGUUUCCACAAACCAAGAAAGGACCAGUGUUGGUGUAACAAAUAUGAGCAAUUAACUGAAGAAGAACAAAAGGCGAAACAAGAAGAAUACGAAGAGCAUGUUAACAGAAAAUACUAUGCACAGGAAGAAAAAACAUCGGAUAAAAUUAAAGCAAUAGAAGAUAGUCGCUCGCAUGUUUGUACUUUUGACUUUGAAGCAGUGCUAUAUUGUCCUUUGGUUUUAGGAAAACCUGUAUUUUAUAAACGGAAGUUAGGUAGCAUGAAUUUCACAAUUCACAAUGCAGCGACUAAACAAGGCUAUUGUUAUUUUUGGCCGGAAUAUGAAGGCAACCGUGGAUCAAACGAAGUAUCAACAUGUCUCUAUAAUUACAUCUCAAAUCUCUCCAAUGUCGAUCACCUGAUUUUAUGUUCUGACUGCUGUCCAGGGCAGAAUAGAAAUUCUGUGCUUGUUGCUAUGUUCAAUUAUAUCAUUACAUCACCUGACAAUGAGAUUAGAGUCAUUGACUAUAAAUUUCUUGAACCUGGUCACACCUACAUGGAGUGCGACAACAUGCACUCGACAAUUGAACGAGCUUCUGAGUAUGCCAAAAUCUACAUCCCUGAUGACUGGCAAAAUGUCAUACGACUAGCUCGUAAAGACAAUCCAUAUAAUGUUCAAGUUAUGGAACACACAGACUUUUUGGAUUUCAAAUCACUGCGAAGUACUAUUAUUCCAAAUACAAUGAAAGCCACUGAUGGAACUGUUUUGCAAUGGGCUAACGUAAGAUGGUUACGAUUUAAUAAAAACAUUCCCCAUUCGUUGUUUUUUAAAUAUGAUUACUGGGAAGAAUUCAAAGAGGUAAAAUUAAAGGAGAGAGUGACUAGAUCGGAACAUAAUUCGAAUCUUGCAAAACUGUACCCAGGACAAAUUUUGUUAAAACAAGCAAAACAUAAAGAUCUGAUGGAAAUGUGUCGAGAUGGGACGAUAACCAAGAAUCAUAACUACUACUAUGAAAAACUUCCUGUUCAGUCUGUAUCAGGAUCGUUGCCUCAGACUAGGCCUCGUCAAGAUGAUGACGAAUUGGAAUUAUCUGCAACACGAGCCUCAUAUUUAAGACGUCGGUCAGGGAAAAAGAAUUAA